CGCAGGGCGACUAAUCCCUGUUUAUGCACCAGCCACAGGAUUGUGUCGCAGCGCGUGCGGGGUUGACGGAGCAUCUGUUGGCAUAUUCUUAUAACCACCUCCAUCUUUCGUCCCCACCUGCCGCCCAGGAGCCACCAUCCGGAGCAACUAGACGUGUAAAUGGAGUUUCAAUCGUUGUCGUGACUGUCCUCCACCGCCUCUCACCCAGCACAAGACUGCGUUGAAGCUGCAGCAGCAUACACACCACCGCAGCUCCCUCUCCUGUUGCAGACAUGGGCACCGUACUCUCCAUAUCUCCUGCCACGAAGAAGGCGUCUAUUAUGGACGCCGAGCUCGCGGCAGGGGAUGGACAGAAAAACGACAAGAGCCUCAAGCGCCACUCGAUGUUCGUCUCCCUGUCCUGGAGGAAACUGGUGUCCAAUCCGGGCAAGAAGAGUGCCAAGAAAGUGACCCCGAACCCGCUGCCCGCCCCUGCAAACCAAGUGGCGCAGCUAAACAGCGAAAACAUCAGGAAGACCAACAAAACCGACGAGAAGAAACCCAAAGCGCCCAUCCCGGUACCAGUACCCACUGUUCCCACACAAAAUAAAGAUACCGUGGUCCAAAAUGGAAAGCUUUCCACGGUGCAGAAGCAGCCCAGCAACCUGUCUCUGGUGUCCCCCAGGCGGAUUAUCAUCCAGGCUUCCACCGGGGAGCUGUUGCGCUGUUUGGGGGACUUCAUGUGCCGCAGGUGUUUCAAACUGAAGGAGCUAAAGAGCUCAGACGUGAUCCUAUGGUUUCGCAACAUCGAUCGGACUCUCUUGCUGCAAGGCUGGCAGGAUCAAGGCUUCAUCACGCCGGCCAACGUGGUGUUCGUGUACCUGCUGUGCGAGGACACAAUAGAGGACAGCAUCGACACCGCGGCCGAGCUGCAGGGCACCUUUCAGACUUGCCUGUACCUCUCCUACUCCUACAUGGGCAACGAGAUCUCCUAUCCGCUCAAGCCCUUCAUGAUCGAGUCCAACAAGGAUGUGUUCUGGGAGACGUCGCUGCGGAUCAUCGACAGGCUCAGUGCCAAAAUGCUGCAGCUCAAUUCAGACCCGCACUUUUUCACCGAGGUCUUCCAGGACCUGAAAAACCAACGAGAUAUGAGCGAGGCAAACCUGGAUCGCUGACAUGGAAACAAGAGACUGGUGUUUUUCGUUUUUUUUUAAAGAAUAAAAAGAUGAUUGUUUGGCACAUAACGAUGAAUGUAAAAGGCCAACGUGGAAGGCUUCUGACGUCUGGGCUGAAUAUAAUGAUAAGCUGCAGAGUAGGAGAUUUAAUGCAUGCCACAAUGGUAAAACCAUCAUCUUUUUUGUCUUGUCCCUUUUGAGUGACGCGGGGAUUGACAUUCUAAGUGACACUUAAAUCCUUCUUUCAUUCAUGAUUAGCCUACUUGAUGGUUAAGUCAGUGCGCGGAUGGUGCAGUGACGGCUGGUGCAGGUUCCAGGCAGGACCAGAAUAGAUGUGUUUGUGAGAGGUGGAGAGGCGGAGCUGUCCUAGGUGCUGACCUGUGAAGCCAUUUCUCCUCAGCUCCAUGCUAUUUUAGUCACCUAGCUCGCCACAACAGAGCCAAUGCUUAAGAGGACAAGAAUCAGAACACUUUCAGCACAUAAGCCUAAGCCUUGUGAGUGCAGGUACACAGCAUAGUGCUUUUUUUUAGAUUCUCUGUAAGCUGAUGGACAUGCAACAGAUAACAGAAGCAUGUUUCUGCAAGGGGACAUAAUAGGCUACUUAUGUAGAUAAUACUUACUAUUUCCUUUAUUGUAGAAUAAACUGCUUAGUAAAUCAUAUGGUCUACAACACUUCAGAAAAUAGAGAAAGAUCUCCAUCCCAGGUUCUCAAAAGCCAAAGUCUAUGUCUUUAAAUCUCCUUGUUGUCAGCCCAAACCCAGAUAUAUUAAAACAGAAACCAUACAGUAGAAUAAUUAAUAAAAAUUGAUAUAUGUUAGGAUAAAUCUGCAUGCUUUAAGCAGUUAAAUUGGUCUCAGUAUUUCACACAAUAUUAAGGAUUUCAGAAGCGUUAUGAUAACAAUUUCAGAAUUGCAAGAAAUCUACGUAUUUGACAGUCUUUUUUUGCAAAAAAAAAAGGACACUAUCGAUUAAUGGAUUACAAAUUGGUUGCCGAUUAUCUUUUUGUCAAUGGACUAAUCGAUAAGUCAAUCAAUCCUUGCCUCUUUCAAUAAGAUGCUAUGGGAAAUAGAGGUGAAAAGCCUCAUGCUGUGUAUCUUCAUAUCUGAUUGCUCUUGUUGUGGGAUUCAAACCACAAAUGCAUUCAUGAAAACAUCAGUUUGAGAUGAUACAACUUGUUUUCCUGAUACUGUUGGAAUACACCUGUACGUAAGCUAUUGGUUCAAGUUGAAUAUGAGGAUCAGAAAUGGGCAAUCAGUAAUGGGAGAAUCUUCCCUUUUGAAUGUGAUAGAAAAAAAACACACUUAAUGGGCCCAUAGAUGGCCAUACAGCAAGAUGAUCAACCGAAUCCCUCUGUUGUGCAUCACGUUGCAAUACAACGCAGAGGCCAGAUGGACACUCGAUGGAAUGUACAGUUUUUCAAUAGAUUUUUUUUUUCUUUAAUCUUAUACGUGCCAACUAUGAAAUGCUCUUGGCCUGAAACUAUGUGGUUUACAUGUACAUAUCCAAUAUUUUAUCUUUAUUUAAUUUGCCGUUUUUAUAGGUGGCUAUAUAUCUUGUGGUCCAAGCAUAACAAAAAAAUUGCAAAUUUUCUUCCCCCUGCUCUGUUCAUUUUCUAGGGGCAUCAAUUCAGGAACUAUGGUUUUUUUUUUCAAUCAUGUAAAUAUUGAAUGUUAAGGUGUCAUUAUUAUUAAGUGAUAUUGUUUGCACACAACAUUGCAGUUCCUAUAAGCUAAAUGUGAUUCGACUCCAGCUCUGAAACCUAGUUUAUAGGGCAACAUGGAAAGUUAUUAUUCAGUGUUAUGCUAAGUAACUAUUGUGAUGUUGUGUUGUGAAUUCAUUGCUUGGAAAGUGAAAUAUAAAUGCUGCUAUUUUUUGCACAGCUCUGAACAAAUCUUCAAUGUUUUACACAGUGGUAAUAACAUAAUGGUCAUGUACCAGUGUUUCCUGUCGGGGUACUGGAGUGUUUGCCAUUGCGUUUGCAGUUAAUGUUUCUAAAAUCUAUGACGAUCAUCUGUGAAUUAGAUCUUUUGUACAGUUCAUUUUUCCUAUGUGUCGGCUUUGGAAAGUGAUAUUUAGUAAGUGUGUGUUGUCUGUGGUUACGCCACAGUUGCAUUCACUCUCUCUACAUGUUAAUACAAAGGUCAAUACAGUACUUGUUUAUGGUGACCAUGAUGAAAUAAAUCCAAACUUCUGUAGGAUCUUGUUUCUCUGGCAUUGUUUUUGUUGAUUCAAUACUACACAUUUCAUUACAUAAGCGCAUAUAUGGCACAUUUUUCCUACAGAUUAUGCACUUUACUCAAGUAGCAAUUAACUUAAACAGCCUCUUAUCCACUCACAACACCCAUUAAUCUGUUGAUUUGGCAAUGGACCUCUUGAGAUGUGAUUAUGCAAUAAGGUCCAUGACGAAUUUGCUCACUGGGAUGAUGCUAAUGUUGCUAUGGCAUUUCAUUGGUUGCCAUGAAACAACAAGUCAAAAGAUAAGGGUUUUCUAACAUUGUUGGAGGUUUUAAAUUAUGCAAAUGGAAGAUAUAUAUGUGUAAGAAAAGCUACGACAUCCGCCUACAUGUUGCAAUUACACAGUGGAGAAAUCUGACACAUAUAAAGGAUAUUUUUGGUAUCCUGUCAGUGUACCCAGGGUAUUGCAAUCGGGGCCACAUACUGUAGUGAAAUGGGGGCAUGGAAAUCAUACAAGAGCAGGAUGAAUUGUAAUAAAUAAAUGAAUUGGGAUGAACCUGCAUGCAUGAAUCUCUCUUUUUCACAAGUUGUUUAUUCAACAUCACCACAUUUAAAGCAAACCUGUUAUGCUGUUUGGGGUUAUCUCAUCACGUUAGUGUGUUAAACAGGUUUUGUGCAUGUAAUUGGUCUGCAAAGGCUAAAAUCCCCAAGUUUCUCUCUUUCU